AUGAUUCGCAAACAAGCGCGCCAAAGGCGCGACUACCUAUACCGACGAGCUCUUCUUCUGCGAGAUGCCGAGAUCAGUGAGAAGCGAGCCAAGCUGAGGUCGUCCCUCGCUUCUGGCAAGCCUUUGGAUCCUACAAUCGCCAACGAUAAGUCUUUGCGCAAGGACUACCAGUACGACGAAUCCCGACCUGACCUCACAACCAACGAAGAACUUGACCUCGACGACGAGUAUGCCCAGCUUUCUGGAAUUGUCGACCCGCGUGUGCUUGUGACGACCUCUCGAGAUCCCUCCGCUAGACUAGCAGCUUUCGCUAAGGAGAUCAGACUUCUUCUCCCCACAGCUGUUCGCCUUAACCGUGGAAACCUCAUCCUGCCUGACCUGGUGCGCUCUGCCCAGUCAGCCGGCCUCUCCGACGUUAUUCUGCUUCAUGAGCAUCGAGGUACACCAACCGCUUUGACAUUAUCCCACUUUCCUCAUGGCCCAACGGUUUCCUUCUCUUUGCACAACGUCGUGCUCCGUCACGAUAUUCCUGGAAGCGUGCGCGGAACAGUGAGCGAGUCCUAUCCCCAUCUCAUUUUCGACGGCUUUACUAGUCGUCUAGGUGAGCGCAUAGUCAAGAUCUUGAAGCACGUCUUUCCUCCUAGAGAAGCCAUCACGAGCAAGAACAAAGUUGGCAACCGAGUCGUUACUUUCAAGAACAUCGAGGAUAGCAUUGAAGUCAGACACCACGUUUUCGUGAGGACAGGAUAUGACAGUGUCGAAUUGGCCGAGGUCGGCCCAAGAAUGACGAUGCGACCAUUCGAAAUCCGAAGUGGCACCCUCGAAAAUAAGGACGGCGACGUCGAGUGGCAUCUCACGCAAUAUACACGAACCGCCAAGAAGAAGAACUAUCUGUAA